AUACCACUACAAUUCACAGACUACACGCACUCAGUCAAGGCUCAUCUUACGGUCAUUAGGCUCAACAUAACUUACUUUCGCAGCAAAGAGGAGUUUAAUCCGGCGCAUACCUCACCGCUCAGCCAUCUCGGUGGUGCCCAUCACGGACCCGCAACCACAUCACCACAACAGGGCUGCCUGCGGGCAUCAAUCACAGCAAAAUGGACGAGCAUAACGAUUUUGACAGCAUUUCCUGGCAGCGGGAAGAUGCUGCUCAAGCCGAAGGAUCCGCUGCCUUUGAAGCAAACCUCCCAACAAGACCUGUGACAGGUCGCAGAAGUGAGAGCAUGUCCAGUGAGCCGCAGGCCGGUGAUCAAGCGGACAACGUCGAUCUAGCAGGAAUAGGUCGCGACGGCGUACUAGAGGUCACAGUCGAUGCUCCGCUGAAAGAAAACGAUGGCACAAAAGACGCUUACGUGUCAUACUUGGUUACCACACAUACAGACUUCAAGACGUUCCAGAAAACGGACUUUUCUGUCAGGAGACGCUUCACAGACUUCGUCUUCCUCCGACAAACGUUACAUCGAGAUUACCCAGCCUGUGCCGUUCCUCCGUUACCCGAGAAGAACAAUAUGGCCUAUGUAAGAGGUGACCGGUUCAGUACAGAGUUCACACAGAGACGAGCUUGGUCAUUACACCGCUUUUUGAAAAGAUGCACUCUUCACCCAGUCUUGCGAAGGGCGCCGAUCCUGAUUCUAUUCCUCGAGACAGCCGACUGGAACGCUCAAAUGCGCAUGAGACCAUCGAGAAGUAACACAAUUGAAGGUGGAAACGCAACAGCACCAACGGGAUUCUUCGAUAAUGUCGCAGAUACCAUGCUAAAUGCCUUCUCCAAAGUGCACAAACCUGACAAGAGGUUCAUUGAAGUAACCGAGCGCGCGAAUAAGCUCGACGAGGACUUGUCACAUGUGGAGAAGAUCAUCACGAGAGUGGCACGAAGAGAAAGUGACUUGGAAACCGACUAUGCAGAAUUGGCCACGAACAUGCGGAAACUCACUCCCCUGGAGCCGUCAAUCGAGGCUCAGUUGCAGACAUUUGCCGGUUGUGUGGAAGAGACUUCGAGAGGCUGGAAAGGGCUGAAAGACCACACCGACCAGAAUUACUUGGGAAGCCUGCGAGAUAUGGAAGCCUAUAUCAACUCUGUAAAGUCGCUUUUGAAGACGAGAGAACAGAAACAGCUCGACUUUGAGGGUCUCACUGAAUAUUUACAGAAGGCAACAUCGGAGCGAGACUCCCUUGCCUCGAGUAAUCCGUACCAUCACGGCUCGAAUUUGAACCCAGCUACUUUCAUCCGGAACAAAGUCGAGGACAUGAGGGGCGUGGACCACGAGACAUCACGCAGAGACCGGGCGCGAAAAUUGGAGCUCAAGAUUGCCGAGCUGAACCGCGAAGUGGACAGUGCCAAAGGCACCAGCGAAAUGUUCGAUGAGCAAGUGGUGCGCGAAGUCGCCGAUUUUGAGAGGAUAAAGGGUCUCGAGUUCAAAGAUAGCCUCGGAGCAAUGGCGACUCAACACAUGGAGUUCUACCAGAACGUCAUUUCGACGUGGGAACGAUUCCUUGUUGAUAUGGAUGCUGAUAGUAAGGACAAAGGACGGGCAAGCUGAACUGAACAGGGGAGUGCGCGUGGCUAAUAUCAGGGAACCACAACGUGGGCUAUUGCUCAGAUAGCAUUGAACGAUACCUUAAUGAGGCAGAUUACAUGCUCCAUGUCCCACGCAUCGAGUGCCUGUCUGCCGGCUUUGCC